CCCAUCAAGGCGAACAUCAUGGGGUUGUGUCAGGAUGUGUUCUCCAAAAUGGCCACGUACCUGAAAGGCGAGCUGACAGCCACCAGUGAAGACUAUAAACUUCUGGAAAAUAUGAACAAACUGACUAGCUUGAAGUAUCUAGAAAUGAAGGAUAUUGCAAUAAACAUACGCAGAAACCUAAAGGACUUAAGCCAGAAAUAUGCAGCGCUUCAGCCUCAUCUGGAUCAGAUCACUUUAACUGAGGAGCGGGUAGCAGCUCUUGAGAGGGCAGCCUGCAAGGUGGACGCAUAUUCAAAGAAACUAGAAGCGAAGUACAAGAAGUUGGAGAGGCUAUGA